GUCCUCAGGCAGAUAAGGAUCAAAUAUCUCCACCCCCAACCUUCCCACAAUAAAGAGUGACCGCAUCCACAUCCACCCCCAUAGUUGUAGCAGCAAACUAGGAGCCUAGAAAGCAGAUCAUCGAGUGCGUGGCGUGGCACUCUGGUAGCUCAUGGGGAAGGCCUACCACAAGAAGCUGGGCGUGCACAAGGCGGCCACCGCCGGCACGGGCUCCGGGAAGGGUAAGGCCAUGAGCGGCGGGAACGGUAAGCGCGCUGGCGGGUCCGGACCGGGAGGAGGAUCCAAGGCAGUCGGUGGUGCUGUGGGCUGGGGAGGCGCGUCGACGUUCUCUGCCGCCGAGCAUAGCACCUUCGAGACGGUAAGCUGGCAAACUUACCGAUCAUUAACCAUUACGCGUUCUUCCACGGCGGCCACCGCCGGGAAAGGGGUGGGCAAGGGCGUCGGCGGCGGCAACGCUAAGCGCUCGGGAGCUACAAAAGGAGUGGGCGCUUCCGGCCGUGGAGGUGCCAAGGGAGCAGGUGGUGCGGGCGGUGACGGAUGGGGAGGUGCGCCGACAUUCGCUACCAUCGGCUAUAUGGCCCUCCAGACGGACACGAAUGCCACGAAUGAGUACUACGGCUGUUCGUCUGAGCACGGUGCAUUAUUCUCUCCCACCGCCCAUGGCUCCUUCGAGACCGACCAUAGCACCUUUGAGACGGCCACGCAGACCAUGAAUGAGCACUACGAUGAGGAGGAGCACCUCGGUUUGACCAUGGAUUACAAGGAAGAUGGCAUGCAGGACCCUGAACUAGUGACUGAUGCAGACGCCGAAGGCGAUGAUGGCAGUGGCGGUGGUGGUCAUGACGACGCCGGGGUUGACUACUAUGAUGAUGUCGGUGCCGGGAGUGACCACUUCGGAGACGAUGACUACUACGACGACAACGUUGCCGGGGGAUUUGACGAUGGCUACGAUCCAGGUGAUGCUGGGGAUGGAGCUGCCGACUGGUGGUAGUGAUCGAUGAUUGAGGAACUUGAGGCAUCAGGCAUCUACAAAGUCUUGUUGUCAAGAUGAAGUCUCUAUCGGGUUUCUAGUUCUCGUGCUAUAAUUUUAUAUUCAGUUGCCCACUUGACUUGGUUUGCCGUGUGUAUGGGUUCCCCUCCAGGAGAUCUGAAUAUUACCAUAGCACUCUUGUGUAUGAUAAAUAAACUAGGUAAGUCGGUUUUCAGUAUGGGGGAUCUUAGCAAUAUCCUUCGAGGACCCUUGUGAUAGCAACCGCUGAUGUAAAUUACAUUUGUAUGUCUUCUUCCUUCAGUUUUCAUGUUAAGGUUUAAUUAUGAUCUGUUCCAUU